UUAUCGAACACAACCCUUGGUCAUAUUGUACGAUAGGGUCACGAAGAGUGAUUGAAUCGAUCACGGGUCUUCGAAAAGAUUCGUUCUUUUUGAACGGGUAACGGGACGUCCGUGAAUGACACAUCUCUAUCUUGAAUCCCAGAAAUGAGGUUAGGAAGGAACGGACUUUGACAAAAAAAAAUUAGAACAUGGGGAAGAAAAAUAAAACAACUAAUCUCGGACGAAGUCUUAUAAAAGACAGAUUCGGAAGUAAUAAAGGAAAAAAGAUGGUAGCCAAUAACUCAAUGCUACAUACCACAGAAAUUCAGGAUGGUUACGAUUGGGGACGUUUGAAUUUACAAUCUGUAACUGAAGAAUCUUCAUUUCAAGAAUUUCUUUCCACUGCUGAAUUAGCUGGUACUGAUUUUCAAGCCGAAAAAUUGAACAUUAAGUUUGUAAACCCUCGCUCAAAUAUAGGACUACUCACGAAAGACGAAAUGGAAGCAGCCAAAGAGGCACAUAGCAAGCAUAAAACUUAUCUUAAAAUUCCAAGAAGGCCCCCAUGGGAUGCAGAAACUUCACCGGAUCAACUGGAUAAAAAUGAAAAAGAAGCUUUUCUAGAAUGGAGAAGAUCUUUAGCUCAACUACAAGAAGAUCAAACCAUAUUGCUAACUCCUUAUGAAAAAAAUUUAGAAUUCUGGAGACAACUUUGGAGAGUUGUAGAAAGAAGUGAUGUCGUCAUACAGAUUGUAGAUGCUAGAAAUCCUUUAUUAUUCAGAUGUGAAGAUUUGGAGAAAUAUGUUAAAGAAGUAUCAGAAUCCAAAUUAAAUUUAAUUUUGGUAAACAAAGCUGAUUUUUUAAGUGACGAACAAAGGCAACAUUGGGCUGAUUAUUUUGAAAAUAUAGGAGUGAAAGUUGCUUUUUUCUCAGCAUAUUUGGCUUCUUUAGAUACUGUAGAUGAAGAAGAACAUGAUAAUGAAGAAAGUGAUACUGUUGAUGAAGAAGAACAUGAUAAUGAAGAAAGUAGUGACACUGUUGAUGAUGAAGAAGAACAUAGUGAUAAAGAGUUUUCUAUUAGUAGUAAAGAACUAUCUGAUUUUCAAAUUCUUCAAGAAAGUGUAACCAAUUUGGAAACUGCUGUUGAAAAAAAGGCUCAAACUUUGGAUAAAAUUAUUGAUAGAAUUGAAGGAAUCAUGGGUAAACCUAUGUUAAAAGAACCCCAUUCUGUUUCUAAUUCCAGUAAAUUGUUUAAUAGGGAAGAAUUUAUUGAGUUACUUAAGACUGUACAUACUGGAUCUAAAGUGACUCCUGGACUCACAACAGUUGGAUUAGUGGGAUAUCCAAAUGUAGGAAAAAGUUCUACUAUUAAUUCUUUACUGCAAAGUAAAAAAGUAUCAGUAUCUGCAACUCCUGGCAAAACUAAACACUUUCAAACACAUUAUUUAGAUAAAGACAUUAUUCUAUGUGACUGUCCUGGUCUAGUAAUGCCUAGUUUUGUUUUUUCUAAAGCUGAAAUGAUCUUAAACGGAAUACUUCCAAUUGAUCAAAUGAGAGACCAUAUCCCUCCUACAAAUUUGCUUACCAGUUUAAUACCUAGACAUGUUAUAGAAGACAGAUAUGGAAUAAUGAUUCCUAAACCCAUAGAAGGAGAAGAUCCUGAUAGAGAUCCAACUGCUGAAGAAUUAUUAAAUGCCUAUGCCUAUAACAGAGGUUUUAUGACAUCAAAUGGUCAACCUGACAAUGCAAGAGCUGCAAGAUACGUUCUAAAAGACUACAUGAAUGGAAAAUUAUUGUUUUGUUAUGCUCCACCCAACAUUAACCAGAAGGAGUAUCAUACAUGGCCAGAAAGACAAAAAUCAAAAUUGGAAAACCAAGUGUUGCCACCUAGAGCUGUUAGAGCAGUUAAACCUUUCCAUGCAACAACUGAAGAUAUAGAUAAGAUAUUUUUUCAUUCAAAUAAACAAGGUGUCCAUGCUAAAGGAAUAAGAGCGAUUCCUUCAGGCUCCAGUCAAAAAGAAUCUUCUGAAACCAGCAGUGUAGGAGAAAAACCAUGGAAACAGCAUAACAAACAUAAAAACAAGGGCAAGAAAGAAAAGUUAAGAAGAGUUUAUGCACAUCUCGACCAACAUUGAUAAAUUAAACAAAUGCAGAAAUAAAAAUAAUCCUUAUUUUGCAAAACCCAAAUGGACUGAAGUAAUUUAUUGAAUCAUCAUUUAGUAAUAAUAAUGCAGAAAUAUCUUCAGUUUCAUUGAUUUAAAUUGGGAAUUCCGAAACUGUUUCUAUGAUUAAAUAAGAAUAAUUUUUAUACAGUGUGUACUUUAGUUGGCUACAAAUAAAAAAAAUUAUGUCCUGAAAAAAAUGUAUUCUUCUGCAUGGUCGGAAACCUAAAAUGCAAUCAUUAGACAUCAGAAAUAGGUACGGAACAUCAGUCUUAUAUUAUAUUUCAUUUAUAGGAUUUGUCACAAAAGUACCUUAAUUUUUGUUGAACAUGUUUAAUAAAUCAAAUUGUUCAGAAUUAUUAAAAACUGCGUUCAAACAUGUCAUAUCAUGAGAAAUUAAUAAUAUAUGAUAUAGUUUGAAUAGUUUCAUAUUUUUUUAAGGGAGCGAAUUUUUUUUUUUUUUAAAUAAUGAAUCUUAACAUAAUUAGAUACAUUAUAACUACAUUAUUUUGAUUAUUUAAAGAUUUUUUUAAGUAUAUAGGUAUGAAAAACAUCUAGUUUAGUGCAGCUUUCUGUUAGCUAUGCUUAUUUUAAGUAGUCUGAUUGGAUAAAUGCUAUUUAUUUUGUAAUACCUAUAGUUCUCAAACUAUCAUUUAAAAUAUUGUGACUACGAGAUUGUUGCAUUUUGUUCUAAAAAUCUAUUGCUAUUUGUGUAACAAAAUUUCUUUAAAAAUAAAUAUUUAC